CGAUGGAAUUUGCCUCAAUCAUAAAACCAGCACUCAGUGGAGCAAUCCUUGUCUGUGGACUUGGACUCUGCUACAUAUCAUGGUCCGCCCUAUACAAUGUGUUUUUUCACCCGCUCCGACGAUUUCCUGGACCCAGGCUGUCAGCCAUCUCACGUAUUCCCUACACCCGGCGAUAUCUUUCUGGUGACGUGACGCGCCGCAUUCGCGAGCUACACAAGACCUACGGCCCUAUUGUGCGCGUGGCUCCCGAGAUUCUCUCGAUAUGCCAUCCUGAUGCUAUGAAGGAGCUCCGGGGCCAUAGAAAGAAUGGCAUGGGCGAGCAUGAAAAGGACCCGAUACAGUUCGGCUUCAACACGAAGAACAUAAUGGGCUCGAACAGGGAGGAUCAUGCUCGCUACCGCCGGACUAUGGCCCACGCAUUUUCCGCUCAAGCUAUGCUCGAUCAACAGCCAAUCAUCAAAACCUAUGUGGAUCAGCUGAUCAGGCAGCUUCAAACUAAUUGCGAGAACGGCAAACGAUCAAUAGAGAUGGUUACCUGGUACAACUAUACCACCUUUGACAUUAUUGGCGACCUGGCGUUUGGGGAGUCCUUCGGCUGCCUCAAGAAUGGGGCUUACCAUCCUUGGAUAUCUCUGCUCGUCUCCAGUCUCAAGAAUAUGGCCUUCAUGGUAAGCGUAAAGCGCUACUCCUCGAUCGCCCCUCUACUGAAGUAUCUGGUCCCGAACGCGGUCGCAAAGCAAUGGUUGCAACACACCCAACUUUCCAAGGAACUGGUAAGCAAGCGACUGGCACUAGGCCCUGUCCGACCAGACUUCAUAGAAAAGAUGCAGCGUGGUUCCAAAGGCAUAGAAAUGUCGGUAGAGGAAAUCGCCUCCAACUCUUCCAUACUCAUUGUUGGCGGCUCCGAGACGACUGCCACCUUGCUUUCUGCCGCCACUUAUUUCCUUGGGACGAAUCAGCCAGCGCUCUCCCGGCUGACAGAAGAGGUUCGCUCUUCGUUUGCAGCCGAGGAUGAGAUCGAUCUCGUUAGCGUCCAAAAGCUGCCCUACAUGCUCGCCGUACUCGAUGAGGCCCUCCGGAUGUACCCACCAGCACCAAAUGGGCAUCCGCGGAAGAUUGGUCAAGAUGGAGGCACUAUCAUUGGUACUUACCUGCCAGAGGAUACACUUGUUGAGAUUUGGCAGUGGGCCUUGUACAACGAUCCAAAGUAUUUCACGCAGCCCGACGAGUUCAUCCCCGAACGAUGGCUUGGGGAUGAGAGAUUUUCCAACGAUCGACUUGACUGCGUCCAACCGUUUUCGCUCGGGCCGCGAAAUUGUAUCGGUAGAAAUUUGGCAUAUGCCGAGAUGCGUCUCAUCAUGGCCCGUAUACUCUGGAAUUUCGACAUGAAGCUAUGCCCGAGCGCCAAGGGCUGGUCCGAGAGGAGUAAAGUGUAUAUCUUAUGGGAAAAGCCAGCUUUGAACGUCUACUUGACUCCAAGGGUUUAGCUUAAUUCUCAGACUGGAAAUUGGGUAUCUAUGGUGGGCACUCUUACGUCUUAGUCGUUGUGGUAGACAGUUGACCCAUUCCGCUCUGGGAGUAUGAUGUCCUUUCCAUUCACGUGGCUGAUCCAUCUUCUGGGUACCCCUAUCACAUUGUCAUUGUUCGCAGACCGGUCUCCUUGGAAGCAAACGCCCUGUUCAUCG